AUGAAUUUGAGUGAUUCUAUUGCAGUUGUGAUACCUAGGAUUUUUGAUGAAUAUAGCUCUGAACGUCUAUGUUCAGAAUAUGUGUAUCUGGGGCAAUUAAAACGCAAAUCAGACCUCUGUUAUGUCGACAUAGGCCUAUGCAAUCAAAAGAGCCCCAAUCAGACCCCCAAAAACAGAGGCCAUGGAAUUGAUUUUUAUUCGUACGUUAGCAGUGAUGGGAGUUUUCGAAAUUUUAGCUCCAAUAGGCGCUCCUCUGCUAAAGACACAUCAAUAUGUUCCUCAGAAAGGCUAUAUCGGCGAAACAAAGGGAAAUGCACUUUCCUACCUAGCCGGCAGCACAUGCGCUCCGCCGGCUUGGAGUUAUCUGAUGCACUGUGUAGAAAAAGUCAAUUACCGGCUACGUCUGAGGAAACCCUACUACCUGGCCUGGUUGAGCUGCCUUUUUAUAAUCCUUUGCGAAAAUUUAAGCGCAAAUGUUCGGAAUUUCGGGAUGCAAUGUCUGUUUUGAAACCUGCUUUUGCAAGCGUAGGCCUCCCACCAACUGGAAAAUCGCCCUCCGUUAUAUCGGUCGAGAUAAUUCGACCUAGUAGCCAGCAUCCUGAUCAGCUCUACCGAAUGUGGCUUUCGCAGCAAACUUCACACAGAUCAUUGAAGUCAACUUUGCUGAAUUUCACAAACUGUGCGUCGAAAGUGCCUGCAUUAUAA